AUUAAGGUCAGCUUUCUCACUAAAUUACUUGGAUUAGCCUGUCUUCUCGUUUCCCUCCCUGUCCUUUAUAUGUUCUCACUGGUUCAUGACGCUCUCACCAUUCUCUUUCUCUUAUCCAUGGACGCGAGUAACACCUUCUGCCGUUCGACUUCCUCUCCUUUCCCUUCUACCUCCCCUCUGCCCAAACCGCCGAUCCAUCCUCCCGUCGUCCACAGCCCUUGUGCAGCUUGCAAGAUCCUCCGCCGGCGAUGCUCCGGUGGCUGCGUGCUCGCGCCUUAUUUUCCUCCCACCGAACCUCUCGAGUUCACCACCGCACAUCGAGUGUUCGGCGCUAGCAACAUCAUCAAAUUCUUGCAAGAGCUUCCGGAGAUCCAGAGAGAAGAUGCUGCGAGCAGCCUGGUGUACGAGGCCAACGCGCGCGCCAGGGAUCCCGUGUACGGGAGCGCUGGAAUCAUCUACCAGCUCCAGAGACAAGCGGAGGGGCUGCAGUCCCAACUGGCACGGGUGCGGGCCGAGCUGGCGGCCAUGCAGGCACAGCAUGAAAACCUCAUAUCCAUCCUCUCCGUGAAACCGUGGCCAUUUCCCGCUGGCUUCGAGGAACACUACAGUCCUUACAUGUAUCGUGGUGGUUUUUCUUCCUUAGACGAGUACAGCCAGGCCUCCAUGUGGGAGGAAUCCCUGUGGGCAUGAAGGGCGGGGGAGGCCUUGUGAUUUCCUUGCUGCUUCUGCGUAGACUUUGGUGUGAUUCCUUUCUCCAAGGAAGAAGAAUUCCGUCCUUUCUCGAAAGACGACUCUGGUGUCUCAUCUUGGUCUUUGACUUUCUUCUGUACCUUUCAUGCCGGCAAGGGGAUGAUAAAAUUCAUCUCGUCUCUUCUUCUCGAAAAGAGUACGCGGUGAUUGUGUGAAUUAAUCACGGUUGGAUCUCUAAAACAUUUUGUGAAAAAUGCAGAUGACGAGACCAACUUCGGUUCAUUGCU